UUUGGCCCUUCAUGAAUAAACACACCGUGACCAUCCAACGACCCAGGUCCGGACAGAGCCCCCAGCUCAUCCACAGAGACCCAAAAUAACUCAUAGUCACACUCUGCCCAACCACACACAUACAACAUAUUUUACACCAUCAACACGCCCAUCCAUCUAUCUCCCGCCCCGAAGAGGCAGGCAGCUCAUGAAGCUCCAGCGCUUCCUCGGCCGACCCCCAAGUGCAGGGUGCGCUGCUGCCGCAUUGGAUCGGCAGCCCCUGCUGCCGGUCUCAACAUGCCACACCUCCAGCUCACUGCAGGUGAAGUUCAGGGACUGCGCCAAUGUGCCGCUGCCCCGAUACCGCGCCGGCAAAUGCUCCUUUUCGAUCCACUGUUGGCAGCUGCUGAGGUCGGCUGCCGGACCCGAAGUAUGAGCAAAUCCCAGCCACAAGACUCCUCCAGCGCCACCGCCACCGAUGCGCACAUUCGCAGUCGGCAACCCCGCUUUGCUCUUCACCACCCCACUUGUGCCGGCCACAUCCACCACCUGACUCUCUGAGGGUAGCUCGAUCUUGGUCGUACGCUUAUAGGCGCCAGACAGCGGUGGGCCCGUGGUGGGCAGCGAAAAGAAGAAGAUGGGAACGCGGUAUAUGCCGCUCGUCUUAGUGGGGUCUUGUGGCGGGGUGAGUGGCCCGUCAACAAAGCAGCCAAAUCGGUGGGUGCGAUCCUUGACGGCGAAGAGCAGGCCGCUCUUGCCUGCCACCUUGUCAAUGAACGCCUUGUACUCGAAACCGUCGCUGCGAGACCUGACAUACACAGCACACGGCGCAUAGAGAAGGUCAAAGGGAUUUCGUGGAUGGCUUCUCACUUGAAGACGAGCGACGGCUUGCAGAUGGGUUUGUGGAUCAUGUCCAGGACGGCCACCCACUCGUCUGCGGACUUGAUGAUCCACCCAAUGCCCGCCGGCAGAUCAACGGGCGGCGAGUACGAGUAGGAGAGGCCGUACUGACACAGACAAUAUUGACACAGACCAGAUGUGACCGACCGGCAAGCCACAAUAGCAAACCACUCAGACUUACCAUCAUGAGAUCCUCUUUGAACAGCCCACACUCGCUGUCCUCCAUCGCUGGGGGCCGUACGAAUUGCCCCGCUGGCAUGGUGCCGCCGAUCCGACGAGCGAAGUCGACUGUGUUGACAAAGUGACGGGUGGGGGUCUGACGCACUCGACGGUCACCCCAACAGGGCGGAGUACUGAACACCCACACAAACACAUAACAGAACAGCUCACAUGUGACCCUCUGUGUGUCGACCUCUCUGUUUCUGCUGUGCCCGCCCACUUUGAGAAUCGCGUGAGCAAAGGGUGAUCACUGCCAAGUCGCUGCAAUGUCCGCUUCAGCAUGCUCACCUUCUUGCCGAGCACUUCCAGGCUCAGCACCUCCACGUCACCAUCGUCCUGGCCCUUCAUGAAUGGCUGCAUGGCCGAGAAGAAUCCCGAGAGCUCCUCCCUGCCCUUUGUGAGCCUCUUCAUGAGCCUCUCCAGCUCACCCAGCGACUCCUCGACGACAUCCGCAAUGGCCUUGUCCUUCCCAUCGCAUGCCGUGCCAUCGAGAUUGGGCGUGACGGCACCGCUGCCCUCCUGUGGCAGAGCUGGAAACGACGAGAGCGUGCGCAUGAAGAGGGCGUGAUACUCGUUGUAAGCUGGGUCGGAUGCCUUGGAUGCCGGCAGCUGGACAGUGUCGGUGCGGUUGGUCUCGUAGAGAGUCAGCCCGUCCAGAAAGGCCUCGAAGUAUGCCGGUGACACCUCCAGAUAAAAUUGCCCGCCUUCGUCUCUCGGGAGUGCAUCGGGGAAGCAGAGCAGCAGGACCGCAAUGUACCGCCGCUUGAUGAGCUGGAGAGCGCUACGAGAUACAGGGAACAACACUCCACCUGUCGAUUGCACACACGCACACACACCAAACCAAACCGGUCACACAGUUAGUAGUGCCAGCGCCUCUCUGGAGUGUUUUUUGCCUUGCCCGCAUUGAUCAGCAUCUCCCCACUGGCAGAGGUCUCCUGCAGAGCUUCCCUUUUGGCAGCAACGAAGCGUGAGAUCUCAUCCGUGAGAGUCGUCUUGGCGCUUCUCAGCCGCUCGAACGACGCAUCGAAGGCGCCACCGACACUCUCGCACCCCGUGAGCAGCCUGAGCACCGGAUCCUCCUCCAUGGCUGCCGUGUCCUGCGGCUGCCUGAAGCAUAACGUGACACAGAUUCCUCACGGUUUUGCUCAUCUGUGACAGAAGAAGAUGCCUGCUGCCUUACCGAUCACCCCUUCUUCUCGGUGCGCAUGUUUUCGUGGUGGUGGUUAAGGCAUGUUUUCUG